UAAUUCGUGCACGAUAUGCCGAGUAAAGGCACAGAGAAGUGAAAGAGAUGAGUGAAUGAAAAAAUAUGUUCGAUAAUCUAGCAUUGAUACUAACCCUUUCGGCUUCACUGUUGUAAUUGAUGGGUUUGUGUUUUUCUGAUUUCCUGCUUUUUUUAUUUACGAUUAUUGUUAUUAGCUGAUGAAGAAACGCUUUUUAAUGUCUCCAAUUCUUCAUACAUUACGAAUGCGAAAUUCAAAAAUGAAAAUUUCAAAGUGAGGCUUGUCUUUUUAUUUCUGAGCCAAGGCAAGCCUUGAUCAGAGUUGCAGUAAAAUCAUUAUAGAAGAAGCUUUGUUUAGCCGUGAAACCCAACCUUUUAUCCUCCCAUGGCAGAGCGUCACGUGAACCGAAUGUCUCUACUACGCUUAGAGUGAGAAGCUUACAAACUCGUCUUAUUUCCUUAUCAAGAAUACACAUGCUCUCGAAUCCUACUCAAAGCGAAGACAGCAGCGUGGAAUUGCGACCUCAAAAGAAGCUGACAGAACUACAGGCUCAAAUCUCGAGCGUGGGUUUUGCAACCUUGAAAAAACAGGCAACAAACACGUCUCAAGGAUCGAGUUUAAACACGAACACAUCGGGAAAAAGAUCUUUGCAUAGGUUUUUUAGCCGUAAAAAAACGAUUCUGGAACCAAAUAAUUGGCUGUCGAACAGGCUGAGCCGCGAUGAACUCGAAUUGGUGGAUCAAAGCGAAGAGUUCAAGCUUUCAAAACUUCACGGAGAUGUCAACUAUCUAGAAUCUUCACGAUCGACUUUAGAUACCAAAAAAACGUUUCUCAGCAAAAAUGAAUCAACGGUUCAUGGAAGAAGGAAUAAGAGAAGCAACGCGAGAAGCCUUUCACGAAAGCCGUCUUUCUUGGAAUCUAGCACUCUCAAAAAAGCAAAUUCUCCCUCGAUUCAACUCAACAGUCUCUUUCAUAGACCCCAUACAUCAUUAACCGAUCAGAACGCCGAAACCAACUCCGAAAGUCGAGAAUUUCAGCAGAAUAGUAUCUACACAUCACUGCGACGAAAUAUUGUUCAGCUAUCUUCCCAGAGCUCCAAUUCUUAUAUCACUGAUCGCGUGGCUGCAUCAACAUAUCACUUUACUGACCCUAACCAUGGAAUUGGAGUAGAUAGCAGAACAGUUGAAGGUACUACAAUCUUCGAGCUUCACCGUCGGUACAUGACAUCUGCUGAUACAUACAUUCAAAAACAUCACAGAACCGCACCUGAAAGCCCGAUUGUUGGAUUUCAACCAGACGAGUUGAGACUAGGAUUACACCCUGGUGAUGAGCACUACACAAAAGCAUUCUCUGAUAUUUUUGAUUUAAUUACUCCCAUACUUUGUCCAAGAGAACAUUUACCCGAGGGCAAAGGUAGCCAGGAACUACAAAAGCUAUGUAUUGAAGAAAUGGAAUCCUUUGUCGAGCAAAGACUUCUUGGUAUUAGGCAUGAAAUCAAAAAAAAUCCUAGUCAAGAAGAAAAGAUAGAUAAUUUCCCGAAGAGGAUAUUUGAUGGGCAGGUAAGCAACUGGAUUUCAACGGACGGUGCUGAUGAUGAAAGAACCGAACUAGAAUUAAAAGAAUUUUUGACUCAAAUUUCACGAUUCUUCUUGAAGUGCUGUCAGACUUUAGCUGACAUAUUUAUUCAUAAAAAGGCACCAAAACUUCCGGAAGACUCUUUCGGUUUGCUAACAAUUCAGAGUUCUGAUUCGGAGAAUCUUCAAGAAUUUUCUGAAUUAAAACGAGAACUCACGAUCUAUCUAGAAAACUGGCGCCUUAUUGCUCGAGCCUGGAAUUAUUUCAACUCUAAUGUGAGAUUCUAUUUGUUGCACAUCUUUGUCCCAGCUGAAUCCUAUCUCGAAUUUCUUUUUUCACAAGAUUCGAAGUUUGAAUCAGCUACAAGACGAUACACUUUCGAUAACGAUAUACUCUUGGCGUUUCGCGAUACAUUUAUUCUUCCUCAGCUCCAUAGGAGAAUGAUUUUGCUUUCGUGUCAGGAUAAUGAAAAUGAUAUUUUUAAAAAAAUGGUGGAAUAUAAUGAGCAAACUGUAUUUGAAAAUCCAGAAUGCGAAAUAUCGAAAACUUUGACGAAUUGCUUGGGGUUUUUGUCUACAUGUUCUGCGAGAGAUUCUCUUACAUCCGACGAUGAGCGGCAUGGGGAGAUUUUGUUGAGCGAGUUUCUACGGCUUUUGAAGUUACAAUCGCGCAAGAAACCUGCACGGCUCUGAUAUUUAUGUCACCUUUACACCACCAUAAUCCCGAAAGUAAGCCAUGGUUUUGAUAGAAAACUUAAGACAAAACUUGUCACCAGCUGAAAUCCAGUUUCUUUGCGAGAAUGAAAUGAUCUCAAUUCUUCCGCGAUACUCCAUGCCUAAAUUGGAUCUCAUAGCCGUAUGUUGGAAAUUUCUUCGUCUUGUCUCGGUCCAGAGUAAACAAUACAAUAUCAACAAAAUACUAAUAAUAAGGACAGAGUUCCUCAACUUAAAGGAAUGAAAAGGGUUGAGGUUCCGCUUUGGAUAGCUCUUAUACUCAAGGGUCAAGGAAAGUGUAAUAUAAUAAUACCUGACUGGUUGAAUCAUGAUCACUUGUCAGAGAUCUACGAGCAAGAGAGAAAG